UGAUGUUUGUAAGACGUGGAUCUGAAUGUCAACAUUGUCAUUUGUGUACCCCGGCCGGUCCUGGACGGGCAUUUUAAUGCACAUUCUGCUUGGAAUUCUAUUCGGGAAUUUCUGGGCAUGACAAUACUGUCCUUGAAUAAUUGUGGUACCCUCUGUUUGUAUCCUUAAGAAUGGUUUUGAGUACUUCACUUGUGCUCGAUUGGGCCUAUACAUGCUUUAUAUGCUACUACUUGCUUAGCAAUGCGUAGAAAUAUGCAAAUACUCAAUCUUAUCAUUUUAUAAUUGAAUUUUGGGCAUUUAUUUAUUUCUGGGCAAAAAUGAAAAUGCUAAGUAUUUGUGAACUAAAAUGAGGAUAAAAUGAUUUUAGACUUGGGCGGCGUGGUGUGUAUAUGGUGGUAGUUGCACAACAAUAGUGAGAGUGUUCGACCGGGUCGAUUAAGGACCGAACUUCAUAUCACCAACUAAUAUUUACCGUACAUCCACAUGUGCUAUCUAUGGGGAUAGCCUUGCCUAACGUUAUUUUCUGUCAACUUCGACUAACAAAAUAAAAUGACCAGCAGGGAGUCAUCCUAAUCACAGCUCAUAUCGCUCACUCAUGGAGACCGCUGAGCUGUGCUGUUUGCUAGCUCUUCUUCCUCUUGUAUACUGCCUCCUCACGCUCUUCCAUGGCUCACGCGAGAGCGACCUUCGGCUACCUCCUGGGCCAUGGCGGCUCCCGCUCAUCGGCAGCCUCCACCACCUGUUCGGCCGCACGCUCCCGCACCGCGCGCUGCGCGACCUGGCUCGCCUCCAUGGCCCCCUCAUGCUCCUCAGCUUUGGCCAGGCGGCUCCGGUGGUUAUCGCGUCCACGGCCAUUGCGGCUAGAGAGAUCAUGAGGACGCACGACGACAACUUCUCCACGCGGCCACUGAGCACCGUGCUGAAGGUCUGCACCAGGUAUGGCGCGGGGAUGACGUUCGUGCCCUACGGCGAGCACUGGCUGCAGGUGCGGAAGAUCUGCAGCCUUGAGCUGCUGAGCCCCAGGCGCAUCCUCAAGUUCCGCAGCAUCCGGGAGGAGGAGGUGGCGCGGCUCGUCCUGGCCAUCGCCUCAUCAUCGACGCCGACGCCGACGCCGCCUGCACCUGUGAAUCUGAGCAAGCUCCUCAGCAACUACAUGACGGACGCGACGGUGCACAUCAUCAUGGGCCAGUGUUUCAGGGAUCGCGACACCUUGGUCCGCUACGUCGACGAGGCCGUGCGGCUGGCGAGCAGCCUUACCAUGGCCGACCUGUUCCCCUCAUGGAGGCUGCCACGCGUGAUGUGCGCAACAACUCUGCACAGGGCAGAGGUGUUCGUCGAGUCCGUCAUGGAGUUCAUGGAUCGCGUCAUCAGCGAGCACCUUGAGAAGAGGUCGUGUCAGGGAGGAGACCGCGAGGAGGACCUCAUCGAUGUCCUCCUCCGGCUACAAGCAGAAGGAAACCUGGAGUUCGAGCUUAGCACCAGCAUAAUCAAAGCAAUCAUUUUUGAACUUUUGGCAGGCGGGAGCGAGGCGCCAAUAACGACGCUGCAAUGGGCCAUGGCAGAGCUGAUGAGGAACCCAGAUGUGAUGUCGAGGGCACAGGCCGAGGUCAGGGAAGCCUACAAGGAGAAAAUGAAGGUAACUGAGGAGGGCCUAACUAACCUACCCUAUCUACAUUGUAUCAUCAAGGAGACCCUGCGGCUCCACACUCCUGGGCCAUUUGUUCUACCAAGGAAAUGCCAAGAGCAAUGUCAAAUACUCAGCUAUGACGUACCCAAGAGAGCUACUGUAGUCGUGAAUAUAUGGGCUAUUUGCAGGGACGCUGAGAUUUGGGAUGAACCAGAGAAGUUCAUGCCAGAUAGGUUUGAGGGUAGUGCAAUAGAACACAAAGGCAACCACUUCGAGUUCAUACCGUUUGGUGCUGGGCGAAGAAUUUGCCCUGGAAUGAAUUUUGCACUUGCUAAUAUGGAGCUUGCUCUCGCAAGUCUUCUGUUUUAUUUUGACUGGAGUCUUCCGGAAGACGUUCUCCCCGGCGAUUUGGACAUGACGGAAACUAUGGGCCUCACUGCUAGGAGGAAGGAGGACCUUUAUGUGUGUGCUAUUCCAUUUGUGCAACUCCCCUAAUUUCCUUCGCCUCUUGUUCAGCUUGAUGGUUGUCCUAUCGAAAUGACUCUACCACUCUACGUCUAGAGCAAGAAUAAAAUCCCACAUGGCAUUGUCUAGCCAUGGAUUGUUGUAUGUUUUUCUGCAUUCUUUUUGUUGGAACUUGUACUUGUUUAUUGUGAACAUGUAUGUUUGAGAUCAAUGGUUUUAUCUAA